CAACCAAAACGCACGUGCAUGUUUUGAUUCCUUCUCAGAAGUUUCCCAGAUUGCUCUGUAAAAAAAGUAAUCGUAAUAAUUUAAGUUUUACUAACAAAAAUUACUAAAUCAAUGGUCAAACCAUGUCCAAGGCACUAGUAAAAAAAGCCCUUGCCGUAGUCGAGGAGGGCCUACCCAAAAAUGACACACAGACUAAAGACUCCUCCUCUAAAAAGCGCAAACCAGACGCACCCCUGGCCACCCCGGACCUGAUGCCACAGCACCACAAAAUCAUCAAAUACGUCGGCAAACGGGGCAAGAAGGAGGCGCGGGAGCUGCUACGUCGGCCAGAAUCGCUGACCGUGGGGGAGGCUCGCAAGCGGCUCCAGAACCGGCGGAACCACACCGAGGAGAACGUGCAGAAGCUGUUGCUGCUCAGCUCGGCGGAGAUUGGCCGGGAGGCGAGUGCCAAGAUGAUCAAACGAGCGCAAACCGGAAGAUACGUGGUCAAGGCGGAUGAAUUCUUAGAGAAGAAGAAAAAGGAACCAGCAAGUGCCUUUACGGAAGAAGACUUCGACAACUUUGCUAAGGAACUGGAAGAGUUGUGUUAAAUAGAGAAUAAUUUAUUUUUGGUAAGUUUAUUUAGACUGUUUAAAGCACAAAAAAGAUAUCACUGUCCAACUAAAUUAGAGGGGGAAUCUCUUCCUCGUUGAUUUCCGUA